UUUAUUCGUCUCCAUAUUUAUUUCUGUACCUUAUGCUGGAUUUUUUAUCAUUCACUUUCGUUUUACUAUUUCUGGUUGGUUUGGUUGGGUUUAUUUAUUUAUUUUCAUUUUUUUGUAUUUUCUGAAAACUAAGUUGCAUUUAAUUAUGUGGAAUUGUUUAUCUUCCUUCUUCUGAACGAACUAUUUACAAGCCUUUAGAGUUUUCCGAUGGUUGAGAAAUUGAGGAAUCGAAUUCCGCAUAGCUGCGACUCAUGGUUUUUUCCGUAUGUGAAAGGUGUGUGGAAGAAUGGAGUUUCCGUAAUUGACUUUGAAAUUUGCUAUAUAGUAAUAAUAUAAAUAAAUAAUAAAAAAAAAAACAAGUUUGGGGUGGUGACGCAUCGGAAAGAUUUUUCAAUUGAAGUGAUUUUACUCGAAAAAGCAAGUUGGGUUUUGUUAAACUUGUAAAAGGGUGUCGGUAUCUCGGAGAAAUGAGUUGACUUUUUGUUAAGAGCAUGUAUAGAUUAAGUUCCAGCUACAUCAGAUUUUAGCUUACAAGCUCUGGGACCAACUUAAUCUAAGUUACCAAACUUGUACAGAUAAUUUUCAUUUUAGUACGUACUUUUGGGCUAUGGGUGAAUCGUGGAUCUGAUGCAGCACAAAAUACUAAUACAACAGACAGCAGAGGUUUUGAUCUGACUUGUCACUAAUGGGGUAUCAUGGUUGGCUUUACCAUUCGCACUGCUUUGCAUUCUUGUGGUUGCGGAUGGGAUUGUUCAUGAAGUGUUUUGGAACUGAUAUGCCAAGCUAUUGUUCAGUCUUUACUAUAUUGGUUCAUAUUUAUCUUUUUCCCUCAAAUGUUGUAACAGUGUUGUACCCCCGAUAAUUUGUUUGUUCUUGUACUACUAUUUUUUUUUAGAGGCUUAUAAAUUUUCCUAUCUAUUAAGAGAAUAUAAGAGUGAAGCCUCUAUUUUAAUGUAUACAUGCCUUUUUUGUUGUAUUUCAGUUAUAUAUAUAUAUAUUGACUACGGAUUUAUGUAGUUUGGGGCGGGGUAUAAUUUCAACGGUUUAAUUAUAUGCUCAAUUAGCUUUAUCAAUUAAUUAUUUUUCCAUGUUGUGAAUAGUUGGAUCUGAAUAAAGGGAAACCAUUCCAAAGCACGCUGACUGAAAAUACCACAUGAUGUACUUCAGCAUGAUUGAUACGUAAGACAUAGUUUGCUUAAGUACAGUUCUCACGUGUGCUUGAAGUCUUUGAAAGUGGGGCCAAGUAUGAACUUUAGGAACUACGUUGAUAACUCUACUUGGGAUGUCAUGGGUGGGAAACCACAGGCAAAUGUUAAUCUGGUGAGACAGCCCUCAAUAUACUCCCUGACUUUUGAUGAGUUCCAGAACACCAUGGGUGGGAUUGGAAAGGAUUUUGGAUCUAUGAACAUGGAUGAACUCUUGAAGAACAUAUGGACAGCUGAAGAGACUCAGGCCUUGGCAUCUUCAGCUGGUGGAGAAGAAAGUGGUCAUAACCCAAGUGGUAAUUUGCAAAGACAAGGUUCUUUAACAUUGCCAAGGACUCUUAGUCAGAAAACAGUUGAUGAGGUAUGGAGGGAUUUGAUCAAAGACACUGGUGGAUCUAGAGAUGGGAGUGGCAAUGGUGGUUCAUCUAUGCCUCAAAGGCAACCAACAUUAGGAGAAAUGACUUUGGAGGAUUUUUUGGUGAGAGCUGGGGUUGUGAGAGAAGAUAUGACUGAACAAAUUGGAAGACCAACAAAUAAUAAUGGAUGGUUUGGUGACUUUUCUAGAUCAAACAAUAACACUGAUCUACUUAUUGGGUUUCAACAACCAAAUCGAAGUAAUGGGAAUUUGGGUAACAGGAUGGUGGAUGGCAAUAACUUAGUUCCUAAACACCCUCCUCCUUUAUCAUUAAACUCAAACCACUCUCAGCCACAAACACAACAGCACCAGCAGCAGCCACUGCUUUUCCCAAAACCAACAAAUGUAGCUUUUGCUUCUCCUAUGCAUUUGUUAAACAAUGCUCAGCUUGCUAGCCCUGGAAGAAGGGGAGGGAUGAUUGGAGUUCCGGAGCAUUCAAUGAAUGGUACAUUAACAGGUGUUGGAAUGGUAGGUUUAUCCACAGCCAAUGUCACAGCUCCAAAUGGUUCUCCAGCAAAUAAAAUAUCAGAGGAUGUUAUUACAAAAAGUAGCGUAGAUACUUCUUCACUAUCACCAGUUCCUUAUGUAAUCAACAGGGGAAGGAAGUGCAGUGCUGUAGAGAAAGUCGUUGAGAGGAGACAAAGGAGAAUGAUAAAAAAUAGAGAAUCAGCUGCGAGGUCACGGGCUCGCAAGCAGGCCUACACUUUCGAACUAGAGGCUGAAGUUGCAAAACUUAAGGAAGUAAACCAAGAAUUACAGAGAAAACAGGCAGAAAUUAUGGAAACGCAGAAAAAUAAGGAUUCGGACUCUGUGUCCCGGCCAUGGGGAAAUAAAAGAAGAUGCUUGAGAAGGACACUUACAGGUCCCUGGUAGGGAUUAGACUGUGUUAGUUGUUCUUUGUCUCUAAGUGACAGCUAUACGAAGGUAGCCAUUGUUAUAUCAUAAGAACUGAAGUAUGUAUUUGAGGUAAUUGCUGUCCAACAUUAUAUCGGGUGGUAGCUUUUGUGUAUAUGAACUAGGAACGUUGAGUUGUACAUUAAACUUGCAUCUUGUAUAAUAAACUAAUAUAUUUGCUUGAAUGACAUUUUCUUUUU